AUGCUGGUGCUGUUGUUGACAAUUCUGACACUGUGGGCUCCGGCUACUACUGGUGGUGGUGGUGAUGGUGAUGCCACCCAGCCAGGUCCCACCCCUGACUCCACCACCACUGCCUUGGCCCUCAGCCUGUUCCGGGCCGUGUCCGCCUCUGCGCCCGGUGAAAACGUGGUGCUGUGUCCCCUUGGCCUGAUCCAGAUGCUGGCGCAGCUACAGCUGGGGGCGAGGGGGAGCACGCUCCAACAGCUGAGGAAAGCCAUGCACCCUGUGGACAUCCACGACGAGACAUCCCGUGUCCUUUUCCAGAAGGAGGCUGAGGCCAUCAUGUCCCCACAGCGGACCAGCGAGCAGCAGCAGCAGCAGUCGUUCCACAUGUCCAUGGCCAGCGCCCUGUUCCUGCAGAAGGGCUUCCCCAUGAGCGAGGCCUUCCUGCAGGCUAGCGCUGCCCACCUCCAGGCCUCCCUCAGCCAUGUGGACUUCUUCCAUCCCCACAAGGCCGCGCAGGACAUUAACUCAUGGGUGGAGAGGCAGACCAAUGGUAAGAUCUGGCAGCUGUUCUCCGCGGAUGACUUUGGCCCGCUCAGCCGUCUGGCGGUGGCUAACGCUGUGUACUUCAGGGGCUCCUGGCAGCAAGGCUUUCCCCCGGAGAACACCGCCCUGGGGGCCUUCACCAGGACCGAUGGCUCAGUCACCAAUGUCCCCAUGAUGUAUCACAGGCUCCAGGCCAAUAUCGGUUACUUCCCCCAUGGGGAUGGGGAGGUGCGGGUGCUGGAGCUGGGCUAUGGAGAUGGAGAAGGGGAGGCGGAGGCCAGUCUCAUCGUGCUGCUGCCCGACUCCGCACAGGGCCUCCCUCAGCUGGAGAGAGACCUCACUAUGGAGCUGCUCAACACCUGGAUGGCCCAGACAGAGGAGGAGGAAGUGGAGGUUCACCUACCCAAGUUUAAGGUGACCCAGAGAGUGGACCUGGAGAAGGCCCUGAGAUCCAUGAACAUCACAGAGGUCUUUGACCCCGCUGGUGACCUCUCAGGGAUGACAGAGGCGGGCCAGUUGCACGUCUCCAAGGCUGUCCAGAGCACCUUUAUUGAGGUCAACGAGGAGGGAAGCGAGGCGGCCGCCGCCACAGGAGGAGCAGCUGCUGUCAUCAUGAGCCUGCCUAGCCAUCGCUUCUCAGCUGAUCGCCCCUUCCUCUUCCUCAUACGCCAUCGCCUCACAGGAGCGGUGCUGUUUGCGGGCCGUGUUCUGCAGCCAGAGCUGAUGGAGACCCGGGGAAGAGACACGCUGGCCCUCUGAGGAAUCACCUCCCAUAAUUCUAAUAACCAGCAUAAAAAAACACUUACAAUGCACACAACACGCCCCUGGGGAGAAAGAAAAAA